UUCAAGUACCAUGAGGGCCUUGGGCGUCGACUUCGCACCUCUUAACAUACCGCUCAAGCGGCGGAUGCAGACGCUGGCGGUGUUGUUCUGCGCGUUCCUCUUCUUCCUCAACGUCGUGUGGGGCGCGGCGCUCUUCGCGUACCUGCUCUUCUUCACGCCCUUCUACUACGUUCCGCUGCUGUACACCAUCUGGAUGGUCUACGACUUCAAGACGCCCAAGCGCGGAGGACGCCCCAACGGCUGGGUGCGUCGGUGGCUCGUCUGGAAGUACGCCCGGGACUACUACCCGGUGAGCCUGGUGAAGACGGGCGAGCUGGACCCAAACCGCAACUACAUCUUCGGCUACCAUCCGCACGGCAUCUCUUGCGUGGGUGCCUUCCUCAAUUUCGGCACUGACGCGACGGGCUUCAGCGAGCUUUACCCGGGCAUCACAACGCUGCUGCUCACGCUCAACAUAAACGUCCAUUGUCCUUUGUCGAGGGAACUCUGCCUGCUUUACGGUCUUGUCUCGGCGGACAGAGACAGUCUGCAGUGGAUCUUGACGAAGCAGGGCGUGGGCAACGCGGCCGUCGUCGUCGUCGGCGGUGCUCAAGAAGCCCUGGACGCUCACAAGGGCAAGUCCGUGCUGACGCUGAGGAACCGCAAGGGAUUCGUCCGCUGCGCACUGCAAUGCGGGGCCGACCUCGUGCCAGUUUUCUCCUUCGGCGAGAACGACAUCUACUACCAGGCGAAGAAUCCACCGGGCUCGAGGCUACGCUGGUUCCAGGAAAAGAUGAAGGCCUUGACGGGAUUCUCACCCGUCAUCUUUCACGGGAGAGGCAUAUUUCAGUACAACUUCGGCUACGUACCUUUCAGGGAGAGAAUCGCCACCGUGGUGGGAAAACCACUUGGAGUGCCCAAAAUAGAAAACCCAACGGCGGAGGAUGUCUCCUUCUGGCACGAAAAGUACAUCACAGCCUUGACGGAGCUCUUCGAAGAACACAAGGCAAAGUGCGGUGCUAAGGACGCCUCUCUGACCGUGCUGUGAACGCAAAACGUCGCUACAGCCACCCCUUCGUCACACGUCCAUGGUUCACCGCGACGUCAAUAUGGGACGUAUUCACUCUAGGCCAGAGGUGAAAUUUCUAGAUUUAUAUGACACUUCUUCUUUGUUUCGAAUUGUAUUGUGUUAAACGUGUAGCGUUCGCUGGCGACUUGGUUUCAAUCAUACAAGCCAAGUCUGCUUAGGCUUUGACUGGCCCGAUACGAAACAUUGCAUUCUUCGCAAAAUAAACCUAUAAUUAUUAUUA